AUGUCUCUAUACAAAUGCACCUCCUGUAAUGAGCCCAUCCAGUCCAUGAAGCCGCGUUUGUCAUGCGCCUCCUGUACACCGCGGAUGACUCUCUGCGCCAACUGCUACGUCGCAGGGAUAUAUCCCUCGCAACACCAAGAUGAUAAGUCUCAUUCAAUAUCCAUGCACAUACAGAGCGGCUUCCUUCCGGUACCUCCGCCGCCUCCACCGCGAAUACAGUUGGUGAGCAGAUCUCUCAGUGCGUAUGGGCCCCCGCGCAGACGGCCUGUCCCAACAGACACACCCAGCGAUGUGCCGCCGCAGAUGCCUCCUCGCCCGACGAAGUCGGAAAAGGAGAUCAGGAGCGUGGUUGAAGACUCGGAGAGACGGCCGCCCACAUCCUUGCCGCCGAGAAUGGUGGAUCCAGAGCAGCAACAGCUUCCUGAUCAAGAUCCACCUGAGUACUCAGAACUGCCCCUGCCCGCAACUCGGGGUUGGACAUCCCUCCUUACCGACGAGAUGAAGCCCUCCCCAUCCUUUACCAGGAUGAUGGAAGAGCUUUUCCAGCAUCUGGAUCCUCAACACACCGGCUUUCUCAGUCCAGAGGCAUACUCCCGGUACAUCGAAGCCUGCGGAGCUCCGCCAAAUUACAACAUAUGGAAAAUCAGCAACGCAAAAUCGGGCACUGACAUCGCAGACCGCGAACUAGCCGACCACUUCACAGCGUACUCGGUCGACUUCACCCUGCGCCCACGCACCCCACAUUCAACAUCUUCCUUAAACCCUCUCUCCCACCUCCCCUUCUCCCAACGUGCCACCCUCUCCCGCUUCAUGUCCCAGAUACCCUCCAUGUCAGGCGGGCAGAAACCCAUGCUUUCCCUCCGGGGCUUCACAGAGCUCUCACUUAUCAGCGUGCUACUGAAUCCCUCCUCAGCAUGGAGUCAACUCAGCCGCGUGAUCAAGACGUACAGGGUACCCGUCUGGCUGGAGUGGGGAGAUUUGCCGAGGGAUAUGCUCCCGCUAGGGCCGUACCAGCCGGAAGUUGAACGUGUGAGAGUGUUGUUGGAAGGAGCGAGGGCAAAUGCGGAGGAGAUGUUGGAUGCGCUGCAUGCGGGACUAAAGAUGGAAGCGAGUGGGAGACAGCAUGCGCUGGAUCUAUUGGAUGAUAGGGUUUGGGUUUAUCGGUAG